UAUGCGGAAGUGUUUUCUUUCCUCUAACCACUGACCUUAUUGUCAGGAUAAGGGUAGCAAACUGCGCGCUCUCGUACUGCUAGACAUGAGGUCAAAUUCUAUGUCCAAAGCUGAAUGGAUCGCAGCGGUCUCCCUAGCUGCUGGGACUGCAGCUGUUGGUGUCCUGGUCUACAGGACAUUCUUCUCAAAAGACAAGUGCUGCAAGUCCAGGGUAAACCUGGAUCUGCAGAAGGACAACCCCAAAGUGGUGCAUGCCUUUGAUAUUGAGGAUCUGGGAGAUAAGGCUGUGUACUGUCGUUGCUGGCGCUCCAAGAAGUUCCCAUUGUGUGACGGCUCCCAUACGAAACACAAUGAGGAGACUGGGGACAAUGUUGGUCCUCUCAUAAUCAAGAGAAAGGAAGCCUAAAGACCUCUGAGAAUACUUCCCAAGAAAGCAGAAUUACAGCUGUACUGCUUUUUUCAUGAAUGUCCUGCUGUUUAUAUGUAGUGUGAUAUUUAAUUAGUAACUGGCUUGUUUUUCAUAGCAAUAUGAGUAUGUCAGCUGUGGGAUUUGUGUGUUUUACUUGGUAGAUUGUUCUGGCUUGAAAAACUUGAAACCACUGGCUACACUGAUGUUUAAGGCUAACAUGUAAUUAUGCUCAACAUGAUACAGGUAAAUUCAGUCCAAAUGAAGUCUCCUCAACAAACACAUUUUACUGAAACUUACUGGUCAGUGUGACUUCACUACAUUUUUUGAAUGUUUGUCAGUGAUGUAAGUAAAUGAGUUCUAAGACUUUUGAUUGUUUGUUUUUUUUUUUUUUUGGAAAGGAAACCAAUAAACCAGGGCUAAUGAUCCUGGUCCUUUUGGGCUGUAAUGUUGACAGGUCUUUCAAAACCUCUGAACAACAAAAGAAAACUGACAAGUGAUCGAUUCCAAUAAAGGAAUUUGUUCAUUUGUGCUAACUGGCAGUCGUUUCUAUAAAAAAAUUGCAUAUACAGGCUUGAAAGUACUAGGGUUUAGAAUUUCAGUUAUUAUUACUCCUAUUUGAGUUAAAAUAACUGAAAUGAACAGUAUUUUCUGACUGUUUUGUGUUUUUUUUUUUUUUUUUUCUCUCCCUGAAGUGCCAAUUGAUGAUGAUUUUCUUGUACCUGUGGGACUGGUAAUUGUUCAUAUAAGAAACUGUUCGACUGACAUCAGAGAUUUCUGUUUAAAUAAUGCAACCACUGAUACAUGGAAAAUAAAAGUUUACUCAUGAAUACAAGUAUUUA